UUGGUUAUCAGUUUUCAUAUCUGAAUAAUGACACCGUAGACAUGAAUAUCUUACAAUUUUAACGCACAUUGCAAACUAGAUCCUAUGUUUCCUCAUUCGUGAAACUCUGUAUGAUUCAUAAAGUCAUUCCGUAUGCUUACCGCUUCAUCUGCAGAAAGUUCGCAUCGCAUCAGUUUCCAGUUUGACUUCCACAAACACAUCGGUUAUGGAUAAAGCAGAAUCAAAUGGACGUGAUGGCGGCUGUUACUGCAAUCCAGUAUGGUAUUUUUACGAGGCUCUGAAGUACAAAAACGGCAAAUGUUUUGUGCACCCAUUGCAUUUGUUUUUCUUAAUUAUCCAUGUGGUUAACAUAGGGCUCAUCACAACACAGACGAUUUACUUCGGAAACGACCGUAUCAGCUUUUUAAAUGAAGCAAAUCGUGGACGCGAAACCCUCUCUCAUCUGCUUAUCAAAGACUGGGAUUCCCGUUGGGACGUGAUCAACGGCGUUAAUUCUGAAGGGGAGUUCGCGAAGUAUACUGUGGACGAUCUAGUUUCUGCUAUCAACUUUGCUGUGCAACGGUAUCACAAUGUCGAGGAAAACUCGAUAGGGAUCUACAUGAUAAAGCCAGAGGACAAAAUGGAAAUCAAAUUCACGUACUUCGACUAUCCGGGCUUCUCGGAAAACAACAGCAGUUACGAAAUAAACAUAGUCGAGAAGAUGAUUGCUGUUGAUAAAGGCCUUAUGCAAGCUGGGGAUACCGCUUACACGUAUAAUUUAUCGAAGGAACUGGAUCAUGCAAACAUCAGCCAACCAAUAAAGAAGAUGCUGUCGACAUCUUUAGAGUUCCAGAUGCACUCUGUUCGCGUGUUGGCAAACGUUCGAAAAGCCCGUUGCCUGUGGAUACAAGGCGAGGUGAUUUUUAGUGACUUGGAAAACAACGGUCAAGUGGUUGUAGAUUUGCAGACUCAUACCACUAGAAUAAAAUGCGUUGGGAAGAACAAUCUAGAGCCCGUGCUGGAAUACUCAAGUAAAAGCAUCUGCAUAGCAGUCAUUGUGUUCAGUAGUAUGACGAUGGCAGCCGCGGUUUACAAGAUAGUUUUGGGAUUUGCUCUUGCCUGUAUUUACAGAUCAAAGAAACCACAAACAAUCAUGGACCAACACAACACGUUGUCGAGUUCUGAUUACCGUUACAUCUUUGCGAACUUUAUUUGGGAUAUAUUAACCAUAAUUGGAGACGUUUUUAACAUAUUGGGAUCCGUUGCAGUAUUGACCAUGGGGGACAAUGAACUCCAGUUGGCAACGAUAGAUAAGAACACAGUCUUUCUAGGAAUCGGAUGUCUUUUUAGCUGGCUCACAGUUCUACGGUUUUCAAAGAGUCAUGUGAAAUUUAACUUGUUGUUCAAGACAAUGUACAAAGCAUUUUGGAAUGUAUUGGCAUACCUGGCAUGCGUGAGCGUACUGUUCAUCGGUUUUUGGAUGAGCGGUUACUUUGUGAUUGGGCCUUACCACAGGAAGAAACAGCAAAAAAAGGGAAGCAAGAAUAAAGGUACAAACGAAAGCGAUAAUGAUGCACUGAACCGAAAAGAAACACUCAAAGACUUCAUGGAAAUUACUCUUGGUGAACAGUUGUGGGUAUGGCGUUGUUUAUCAUUCACUAAAUGUUCUCGUUGCAGUGCUAGUGUCAAUACAGUGCCACAUAAAAGUGGCGAAGGUGUUCAUGAAGCAAGAAUGUAAAAACUGUGAAUUUAAAUUGGCGAAACGAUUAACAGAGGAUUUUAUAUUGUAAUGGAUUAAACAGGCCUUUACAUAGAUAUUGGCAUGCAUUGAAGUUUGUCACUAAAUGCUUUAUAUUUAUUAAUGUAAACAUUGGAUCACAAAAGCUCCGGUUAAAAUACAAUUAAAGAAAGAAAAAAAGUAAACCUCAACGGGGCAUGAACCACUGACCCCUGGAUGCAUGGAGUAAAUGUCUGCCGCUUUAACCACUCGGCCAUACGCUCUAAUACCAGGAGUGAGGUAUUUUAUACUUUAUAUAACAAUCCUCGUAGUAUCACAAAAUAUAACGACUACAACAGAAUUAUCCAAACUAUUCAAUCGUUUCGCGUUGCAACGCUUUAUUAUUUUUAUGUUUUUAAAUCGUCAAAAGAUGCACAAAAUGGAUAUUUAAGAGCAUGGUCAAUGUUAGUUAAGUAUCACUGUUUCCUCACAAAUAUCAUAACUACAAAGAAAAUUUGCGAAUCUGAAACAAUUUUUUUCAGUUUUGUCAGUUUACCAAAACAUGAAAAUGCACCAUUAAGAUCAUGUUGAUCAUGCGAUACUGACAAACUUAAAGUUUAUAUAUAUUCUAAAGCAAAUAAUUUUGUAUUUAUCAUUUUAUCAUAAUUUUCUACGAUUGUUAAACGAUUUGUUAACCAAAUACUUACAUUUAAUGUUUUCGUUCUACUUUAUUCCUCCAGACGUUUGGCAAAUUAACACUAUAUCAUGACUCGCAAAUGGUAGAGAAUAGUAAACGGUGAAUGCGAAGAUUAAUUCGUCAAGCAGCCAUUUAAGCAAAUUGUUAAUUCAGGCAUGUUUCCUAAGAUGAGAAAAUGUAUUAGAUGUUUUUAUAAAAAUGUUUAAUUAACCAAUAACGCCUUUGCUUCGACCUGUGUCACUCUCGUAAGUCGGGAUCAAACAUUGCAAAUUGUCUAUUACACAGAGCGGACAACGAUGCAAUCCAGUCUUCAGUAGCUUAUGUAUUUGAAGUGUCAACCUUACACGUUGAUCCGUUAAACCGUGAUAUAAAUUGCUACAUUUUCGGACAAUAAUGUUUUAUCGUAUAGUAAUUUUCUCCAUUCCUUUAUGUUUUAUCAAAUAUUUCAAUAACAGCGAGACGAGGUUAAACACAGUUUUAAAACAAGUCCACGAAAUACUGUCGUUAAUGCGCGUUGGUUUCAAUGUCGUCCGUUAAAUUUUUCUUACUGGACAUUGUUCACAUUCAUUUUUUAAAGUUUGUCUUUAAAUGCACUAAAUUGUUCAUGUUUUACGACCGAACUGUCUAGUUAGAUCCUAAUGAAAAGCAUAUACAUUUACAAAAGUAAAAUGCUGUUCUUCCUUUGGGUUUGAAACUUACAACAAUUAUGAACUAUUUAUAAGUUGCCCACGGACUGUAACAUAAUUUAAUAUAAACAGUAGACUCAUUCAAUAUUGGUCAAUCUGUUCGCGUUUUAUGCUUAAUAAUGUUAUCAAUUUCGAAUGAUGAAAAUUAACGAAGCUGUAUUUUCAGCAUGAUUAUACGUAAAUGGUGGUAUUAUACUGUCUCAUUUAUAAAUGGCUUUUUUAUCUUUGAGAAAAGUUAGAAAUUGUCGUUUUGGCGGUUUGCGAUAGAAUCGUUUACUUUUAACAUUGAUGGGAAAGAUGUGUAUCAUUUGUCUUCACAUUUUCAAUUAAUUGUGCAAGUAUUAUACGAUAACCAUUAGUCAUAGGUUUAGUAAAUUACAUCAAUUGAAUUCUAAAUAGUCUAUAGUCGCAGACAAUAAUAUUUUAUGUUCUGUUUAUGUUUAGUUAUGCUUAAAUCGUGCUUUUUAGUCUCAGUCAUCUUUUUGCCCUAUCAUUUGCCUCUUAAUGGUCUUCAAGUCUUUACUUGAUCUUAUUGGCAUUUUCUUUUGGCAUCUAUUGCCCAUCUAUUGUGUAAUUAUUUUCCCAACGAUGGUAAAUAUAUUUUUAUAUUAUGGACGAUACUUCUCUUUGUAUCUAUUCAUCCAUCCAUCCAUCCAUCCAUCCAUCCAUCCAUCCAUCCAUCCAUCCAUCUAUUCUUUCAUCCAUCUAUCAAUCACCCAUCCAUUAACCCAUCCAUCAAUCCACCCAUUCAUCAAUCUAUCAAUUCAAUUGACCAAUCAAAUCAUCCACCCAAAAUAGCCUACGCACACAUCCUUACGCACAUACAGUCAUCCAUAGAUCCAUCCAUUAAUACAUUUAUCUUAUCCAAUCCAUCCAUUCAUACAUCCAUAUGUUCAUCCUUACAUCCAUCCAACUAUCACCAAUGUAUAACCAAAAAUACAAUUAUCUUUAAUAUAUUCCGUUUUUUUUUCUGCUGUCCGUGACCGGGUACAUUCAAAGUAUUUUAGUAGACCUAAACGAUGUUUUAAUAAUAUAUAUACUUGUGAAGGGAAUUUUAAUUCGUCUGAAAUUGUAAAAAAUCGAAUAUUUAUUAUUUAAUUGCUGGCAUAACAAUUUAAUGAUUCAAAUAUAAAACACA